CUCUUCUCUCAUAUUAUACUUUCUCUCCUCUGUUUCUUCCUUCCAUAAAGAAAAAAACAACAAUAAUCCAAAAUAGAGGAACGUAUUAUAAUAGAGAUUUUCGUAGAGAGGGAGUGUCCGAUCAUCAAGGAAACGACGUCGUCGGAGAUCGUUUGUCGAUCGAAAUGGGAGGCUGCGCGACGAAACCGAAGGUGUUGAACCCCGAGACGGCGCGGGAUCUUGCGGCGGCGCCUGAGCCGGCUAAGGGGGAAGCCGAGCCGAAGGAGAAGGAGAAGGAGGUGGUGGUUGCGGAGGCCGAACACGAUGAGAAGAAGAAAGUUGAAGAAGAAAAAGAAGAAGAAAAAGAAGGAAAUGAUAAGAUCAAGGAGAUUGUUGAUUAUGACAAGGCCGCCGGCGAUGAGCAAGACCAAUCCAAUAAUAAGCGACGCUCUCUCAGCAACUUGUUCAAGGAGAAUGAAGAAGUGAAAGAUUCAACCGAAAAUGAGGAGAAGGCUCCAUCAGAGCAAGUGAAACAAGAAGCAUCAGAGACCGAAAACGGCAAAGACGAACCCGAAAACUUAGUCCCGGAAACUGAGAAAUCCGAGACAAAGGCCGAAGAGACUCCUGCCCCAGAGGCUAUUAUUGAUGGUGCACCAGCCGAGAAAGUAACAGAAGCAGAACCUGAUAAGGAAAACAUCUCAGAAAAAGUGGAGGAAAGUGACAAGGAAAAUGCCCGAGUAACGACUGAGGAAAAGGAUCACGAGAAAGUUGAGGGAAAUGGUCAAGAAAAACCCGUGGAAGAGAAUGCCAAGGAAAAGGGUGAAGAGAAAAGUGAUAAAGGAAUUGACUCCGAGGAAAAAAAGGUCACAGAGGAGAAGGAAUUAAGUGCUGAAGAGACUCCCAAAGUUUGACGAAAAAGGCUUGUAACAAAAAUGUUCAUGUUUCUCGCCUUUCAUGGUAACUUUUUUUGAGAGGACUUUUUUAUUUUUAUUUUUUGGUGUUAUCUUUUUUAAUUCAAAUUGCUUCUUUCAGCCUUUCUUUUUUGUGUGGACAUAUAUUGGCUUUAUACGAGUAGAGAUUGUU